AUCUCAUACGGACGGCAGGCAGCAGCAGCCAGCAGCAGUGAAGUAAAGAAGAAUGUUGAAAAAAAAAAAAAAAAAAAAGAACGGAUGGACCGGUGACCGGCCAUGCUAGUUGUCUCUGAAGCUCAAAUGAGAGAGAAAAUGUUUAUAUAUUUGUCCCUUACUUCUCCUUCUCUCUUUCCUUUCUUAAAAAUCACCCUCUGAAAUGUUCCCUCACACGUCCCAUCUCUCUCUCUCUCUGUUUCUUAAGUAAACCGGAACCACUUAUGGAAUUACCUAUUCGCCGCCGAUGAUUUCAUCUCCGUCCUCUAUUACCUCCUUGCCCAUUUUAACAAAUGCAACUCCUCCAUGCGUAAGCCUCUCUCUAAAAGCCGUCGUUUCCUUCUUUUUAAAGCUUUCUAAAUAAGAUUCUUCUUCUCCGACGGCCGGAACCUUUCUCCGGCGAUUCCAUACUUGCUUUUGCUCUCCCCUUCUCUCUCUAUAUACAUGCUCUUGCUCUCCUCUUCUCUCUCUAUAUAGAUAGAUUUUUGCUCUUUGUUUUUUCCUCUCGCUUUAUAUUCAUUUGCCUACAAUGCUUUAAUUUUCGUUUCCUUUGGAAUUUCGAUCUGAUCGAUCUUCGGCGUUGGAUUAUUCUUGUUUUAGAAGAAAAAAUACGUUCAUCGAACCUGAAUUUUUUUUUGUUUUUGUGGCUAUUUGAGCUAAAUUGGCUUUAAAAAUUGAGCUAAAUUUGGGUGAGGUGAGGUGAGAAAAGAAAGAGAGUAGCGUCUGAAGAUAAUUUGUAAACUGCUACUAUGUUGGAUCUUAAUCUGAAUGCGGAAUCGUCCGAGUCGAUUCUGAACUCGGACUCUGUAGCUUUGAUAGAAAAGUAUCAGUACCAGUACCCGGAAGGAUCGGGGACUUCCAAUUCAUCAAUAGUCAAUGCGGACGCCUCCAGCAAUGACGACUCGUGCUCUACACGCGCCUGUGCUGUUGAUGCUAGUAAUAGCAGCAGUAACAAUAGUAGUAGCUUAUUCACUUUCAACUUCGAUAUAUUGAAAGUGGGUAGUGGUGGUGGAAAUGAGAAUGAAAACGUCGCCGUUGAGACCAAGGAGUUUUUCCCCGUGAGUAGUGGGAAGGGAGUGGGCCGGUAUAACGGGAAUUCUUUUGGGCAAGGCUCCUCUAGGGACUGGAUCGAUCUCUCGUUUGAAAGGCAGCAAGAUAUUGGUGAUGGAGAGGUGCGGGUGGUGCAGCCACCGUCGCAGCAGGUUAGGAAGAGCAGGAGGGGACCCAGGUCCAGGAGCUCGCAAUAUAGAGGAGUCACCUUCUAUAGGAGGACUGGACGAUGGGAAUCUCAUAUCUGGGAUUGUGGGAAACAAGUCUAUUUGGGUGGAUUUGAUACUGCUCAUGCUGCGGCAAGAGCCUAUGAUCGAGCUGCUAUCAAAUUUAGGGGUGUUGAUGCUGACAUCAAUUUCAGUCUCAGCGACUAUGAGGAGGAUCUGAAACAGAUGAAGAAUUUGACCAAAGAAGAAUUUGUGCACAUACUUCGCCGGCAGAGCACUGGUUUCUCAAGAGGGAGCUCAAAAUAUCGAGGGGUGACACUGCAUAAGUGUGGCCGAUGGGAAGCAAGAAUGGGGCAAUUCCUUGGCAAAAAGUAUAUUUAUCUUGGGCUGUUCGACAGUGAAGUAGAAGCUGCAAGGGCUUAUGACAAGGCAGCUAUAAAAUUUAAUGGAAGGGAGGCAGUGACCAACUUUGAGCCAAGUACAUAUGAAGGGGAGAUGAUCUCUGAAGCCAGUAACGAAGGUAGUGAACACAAUCUUGAUCUGAACUUGGGGAUAUCCCAUUGUUUAGGCGAUGGCCCCAAGGAAAAUAAGGGGUGUCUGCAGUUCCACUUGGGCCCUUAUGACAUGGACAGCAAGAGUUCUAGGGAGAACUCAACAGCUUUAGUGGCGGGUGAUCUGCCUUUAAAAGGGCCAAUAAUGUCAGAUCAUCCAGUGCUAUGGAACAGCGUAUAUCCUAGUUUCUUUCCAAACGAGGAAAGGGCUCCAGAUAAGAGAAUUGAAUUAAGUUCUUCACAGGGACUCCCCAAAUGGGCGUGGCAAAUGCACGGUCAGGUUACUGCUACCCCAAUGACAUUGUUCUCUACUGCAGCAUCAUCAGGAUUCUCAUUUUCGGCUACGCCUCCCUCUGCUGCCAUCCUUCCAUCGAAACCUCUCAUCCCAGCAGCCCACAAUCUAUGUUUUACUCCACCUGCCACCAUGACUACCAGUGCGACUCACUUCUAUUGUCCAGUGAAGCCCCCACAGGCUCCGCCAUAACCCAUUCCCUCUGCACUGGGUGGAGGUAGAAAAAAAAUAAAACAAUGGCAUUCAAAUUCAUAAUAAUCAAUUGAAAAUAUUGAUUUGAUAUAUGCUAAUUUGUGCAUUUUUCCUCUUUAAUGAAUUGUUACUCGGUUAGGUAUGUGAAAAAUACUAUAAUCCCAUUUGCAAGUUUUUAUGGAGCAACGGCAAUGAUCAACUUUUUUA